AUGGAAACCCUCAAAGCCGUGUUCUUUGGGCCCGACCCACAAGCCCAGAUGAGAAAAUGUAAUGCCUUAAUUCGCUCCAAUACACGCCAACUUGACCGCGAUUUAGCCCGCUUGAAAAUCAGCGACAGCCAGACUCGCCAGCACAUCGUGAACGCUUCCAAACGUGCCCAGCGAAAUCCAUCUCAAGCCAAACAAGCCACUAACGACACCAAGGUCUUUGCCCGGGAGCUUGUGCGAAUCCGAAAGCAAACAACGCGCCUUCAUACUAGCCGCGCUCAAUUACAAAGUGUGGGCAUGCAGGUCAACGAGGCCUUCUCGGCUCGCAAGAUCCAAGGCAGCCUCCAAAAGUCAACGGGUAUUAUGAAGGAUGUCAACACUUUAGUGCGAUUGCCUCAACUAUCUUCCACUAUGCACCAGCUCUCCUCUGAGCUAGUCAGGGCUGGCAUCAUCGAGGAGAUGGUUGACGAUGCCAUCACGGAUCCCUCCGUCUUCGAAGACGAGGAAGAAGAAGCAGAAUUCGAAAUUGAGAAGAUUCUUCAGGAAGUUUUGCAGGGCAAGCUUUCUCAGGCGCAGCCUGUCGCCGCCCAGCCUGUGCACAAGAUCUCAGAACCUGAAUCCCCACAAGCCGAGGAUGAAUUUGAAGACCAAGAAGCCACGCUCGAGCAGAUGCGCGGACGAUUGGAAGCUCUCAAAAGCUAA